AUGCAUGGGAAUGAUGAUUCUCUACCUUGUAGUGAUGCUGUUGUACCUCCUACAACAACAUCACAAAAUCCAACACCAUCACCAUUAGAACCUAGUACCGGGAAAAGGAAACCUUGUAAGAAGGAGAGUGAUGUGUGGGAACACUUUGAAAAGUAUGAUUUGGUAUUGGAUUUGAAAGGGGUAGAUGAGACUAAAAGAAAAGAAGUUCAAAAAAGGGCUAAGUGCAAGUAUUGUAGUGCUACUUAUGCUAGUGAUACCAAGAAAAAUGGGACUAGCAACAUGUGGAAGCAUCUAAACAAACAAUGCUUGCAAUAUCCUUAUAGGCACAAGGAUAAGAACACACGGACGCUCGCAUUUGAUGCAUCCAAGGGUAAUGCUCUUGUUUCUAGGAAGUUUAACAAAGAUGAUUGUUUGGAUGCUUGUAUUAGGAUGGUGGUUCGAUAUGAGCUAUCUUUUAGCUUUGUGGAGGGUGAAGGGUUUAGGGAAUUUUGUAGUGUUGCAUGCCCACAAUUUAAUCCACCCUCUCGUAGAACUCUUGGAAGAAGAUUUCUAGAAAUGUACACAAAAAUGAAGGAGAAGUUGAAAGUUGACCUUCGUUCACAUAGAAUAUGCCUUACAACCGAUACUUGGACAUCGGUUCAAAAUGUGAAUUACAUGAUUGCCCACUUUGUGGAUUCCAACUAUAAAAUGCACAAAAGGAUCCUAAAUUUUUGUGUAAUUGAUAGUCAUAAGUGGGAGAGCAUUGAGAAAUUGCUUGAAAAUUGUUUGAUUGAUUGGGGACAUGAGAAGAUACUCACAAUUAUUGCAGAUAAUGCAGCUGCCAAUACUAAGACAAUUGAAUAUGUGAGGAAGAAAAUAAAUGGGUGGAAAGAUUCGAAUAGUGUGUUAGGAGGAGUUCACAUGCAUAUGAGGUGUAGUGCUCAUAUAAUCAACUUGAUAGUUAAGAAGGGUUUGAAGAGAUUAGAAAGCUCAAUUGUGGCAAUCCGUAAUGCGGUCAAGUUUGUGAGGUCCUCACCUUCUCGGUUGAGUUACUUCAAAAUGUGUGUUGAGACGGAAAAAAUAGAGUGCAAGGGAAUGGGGGAUGAUCCUGAUUCUUCCUACUUAAUGUACUUCAAGGAAGAUGAAGGAGAUGAUGAGAGAAUUGAAGGCAUUGAAGGAAGUGGGAAAGGGAAGGGAAAGUCUAAGACUAAUAAGAGGGUGGGUCCACCUAGUGAUGAAGAUUGGGAAAAAGCCGUGACAUUUGUGAUGUUUUUGAAGACUUUUUAUGAUGUUACUUUGAAAAUUUCAGCUUCUUUGCAUCCAACAUCACACUCAACCUUCCAUGACUUGCUGGCCAUAGAUGGGGAGAUUCGAGAGUUGUAUAGAUAUGAUGUUACAAUUCCUAUUGAAGAACGGACAACCAUGGAUACUCUUUUAAAUGAUAUGGCAGCAUCAAUGAAGAAGAAAUAUGAUAAAUAUUGGGGUGAACUUCAUAAAGUGAACCCGUUCUUGAUGAUAGGAGUUGUGAUUGACCCCCGAUUCAAGCUUCGCAAUUUGAAGCACAUCUUUGAAGAAAUAUUUGAAAAUGAUACUACUUGUGAUAGAUUGGUGGCUCAAAAGACAAAUGAGGCGAAACAACUUCUUAUGAAUAUGUAUGAAGUGUAUAAGCCUAGUAGUAAUAAUAUGGGUGCUACUAGUACUACCAAUGAGAGUGGUGGUAGUACUAACAAUGAAACCAACUCUUCUUUGGUUUUUGGAGGUCGUAAGCGAAAAACUAUGAUGGAAAAGUGGAAAAAAAUUCAACAAAAGAGUGAGAAUGUGGUUAUAACACAUGAAGUGGAUAGGUACUUUUUGGAUCCACUUGAAUCCAUUGAUGAGGAGUUCGAUAUACUAGAGUGGUGGAGAAUAAAUGGGCUCAAGUAUCCUACUUUGGCAUCAAUUGCAAAGGAUGUGCUUGCAAUCCCUACUUCCACAAUAGCUUCGGAGUCUUGUUUUAGCACAAGUGGGAGAAUGAUUGACUCGUUUCGAAGCUCAUUGUCUCCUAGGAUGGUUGAGGCUUUGAUUUGCUCUCAAAAUUGGAUAAGGUCCGAAGAUAUAUCUUCAUUGCAAUAUGUGCCAAGCAUUAAGGAGAUGAAGUUCUAUGAAUCAAUUGAAAUGGAACUGUUUAGCAAAUUCUUCGUCUAUUACAAUUAUUGUUAUAGCAACAACAAGAUUGAGAACUUGAAGAUAAAUGUACAUGUCACUAUCACUGGUGGUUUGUUGGUUGGGGAUGGUAGAGCAAAAGGAGCCUGGUACUCAAGUCAGCCUCAUUACAGAGAGAAACUGCUCAAACUUACAAAUGUGGAGGAGAGGCCGUGGGAUGUGUAUUGA